UUCUCAUCUGCCCAGAAAGAGUUAUGGAAAACCUUUCAAAAUCUGAAGAUUGGAUCCAAUAAAACUAUUUGGGAGGUUCAUGAUGAUGCUCAAGAUCAAUUUGAAAAGGAUCAUCGCUUAUGUCUAGUAGUCCAAGGCCUUAACCCAGAACAUCAAAAUCCGAUUAGCAUGAAGCAUACUCUUCCGAAGGCUUGGAACUUGGCAGGAAAAUUAAUGAUGACGGUACUGUUCAACUUUUAUUUCAGAUCGGAGCACCAUCUUCUCACCAUUCUAGAAAAUGCUCCUUACACUUUUAAAGGCUGGAUGGUCGCUAUUGACAGAUGGAAUCGGAGAGACUUGCCAACGUUUCUCAAAACAAUUCCCUUUUGGGUUCGGAUUGAAAAUUUACCAAAUGUUUUCCGAAGGGAGCAAAUUGUUCGGAGUAUUGGAUCCAAGCUUGGCCAUGUAGAAGAGGUGGAGAUUUCUGAACCAACUACUCUUCGUCCUGCAGAAGUCUGGGUGAAAGUUCGCUUCAAUAUUGACAAUGAACUAACCUUAGCGAGAACUGUCCAAAUUACCCGUACCAGCAAGCCCGUAGAGUUGGAGUUCCGUUAUGAUGUCUUGCAAAAGUUCUGUACUAAUUGUGGAAGCUUAAAGCAUAGUUUCGAUGUUUGCCCUCAUCCUCCUAAUCUCGAGACUCAAAGCUUCCAACUGAUGCAAAUCGAUCCCGUGACAUCUCAGUUGGAAACCUCUGUCGUAGAGCUCCCAUCUUCGUCAGGUCAAGCUCAGGGGCCGUCUCCAGAAGUAUCCAUCCUUGCUCCUGUAAGUUCUGCCCCAACUCUCCCCUCUUUCCCUGCCUUGACGAUAGUAUCAUCAGACCAAGGGGAGUCCUCUCGUAGCAUGGAUCAUGCCAUCAAAUUUUUGUCUAAUCCUGCUCUUAAUAGCACGGACAUGUGUAUAACGGAAGGUGUAAACACUUUUUGGUGCACCUAUAUAUAUGGAAAUCCAGUUUAUAAGUAUCUUGCUAAUUGUCAUUGGCUUGAUAUGUUUCCUACUGCUUAUAUCCAGCUUCUCCCUUGGAAUGGCUCUGAUCAUCGCCCAUUACUCAUUCAUACAGAGCUGCACCGCAAAGUUGGCUAUAAGAUGUUUUGCUAUGAUAAUAGGUGGAAGUGCAAUACAGAGCUAAGUGUCGAGUUGCCUUGUCCCAGUGGAAAAGUACCACAAUUCAAAAUUCACAAAAGCAAAUUGCGGAUCUUAGGAAUCAACUUCAUACUGCUUAUGAGGCUUCUCAAU